UAGAUGCGCACGCGCAGGAAUUGUUUCCGCUAGCUGUUACACUCGGACCAAACAUUGUUUGAGUCGUCCAUAACGUCUAUGGGUCGUCAAACAUGAGGCUUUCCAUGUUUCUACGAGUGCCCUUUUGGAGAAAAGAAGCAAAUGGAUGGAACUGUCGACAAUUUUCUUCUUACGAUAGCGCCAUAAAUACUGCUUCCAAAGAAAAACUAGACCACCACAAAAGACAAAUGAUGGCCAAAGGCUUGCCGCAUCAGCAACCUAUCGAGGGAGUGAAAAACAUUAUAUGCAUUGCUUCGGGUAAAGGUGGUGUUGGCAAGUCUACAGUUGCAGUUAACCUUGCACUUGCUGUUGCUGCUGAUAAUCCCAAAUUUAAGGUUGGCAUUCUUGAUGCAGACAUCUAUGGUCCAUCAAUACCAAAACUCAUGAAUUUAUCUGGUGAGCCUUUACUGACUGCAGAUAAGAAGAUGGAGCCUUUGGUCAAUUAUGGAAUCAAAUGUAUGUCUAUGGGGUUUUUGGUCGAUGAAGCAGCAGCCAUGGUGUGGAGAGGGCUGAUGGUCAUGUCUGCAAUUGAUAGGCUUUUGAGACAGGUUGAUUGGGCACCUUUGGAUUGGCUAAUAGUGGAUAUGCCACCAGGAACAGGAGAUGUCCAAUUGUCUAUCUCUCAGAAUUUGCCUCUAAAAGGUGCAGUGCUGGUAACAACACCACAAGAUAUAGCACUGGCUGAUGUUCGGAGAGGCACAACUAUGUUCAGAAAAGUCCAUGUCCCAGUUCUUGGGAUGGUGGAAAAUAUGAGUGUCUUUGUGUGUCCAAAAUGUGGACAUACUGAACACAUCUUUGGUCAUGAUGGUGCUCACACCUUAGCAGAAGAACUGGGAAUAGAAGUGUUAGGUUCAAUACCUCUUGAUAAGCAUAUAUGUGAACUGUCUGAUUCAGGACAACCUGUUGUUAUUGCAGACCCAGAAGGAUCACAGACUGCUGUCUUCAAGUCCAUAGCAAAGAGAGUUUUGGAGAAAGCUGACUAUAGAUGAACAAACACCAUGCAUCCUUGGAUGAAAAAAAAAACCCUGGUGAUUUAAGACGAUUUCGUCAUACCAAAAACAGUGUGGAAAAAACAUCCUAGGAAAUAAUAAUAAUGAUACAGAGCACCAUUCCCUAAUGGUUCACAGCUCUUUACAAAAACAUUGCACCCACACUUUGAUUGUAAAAAUAGCAUAACAAGAUUCUGUAUUGUCUAAAAAACAAGCACAUACUAUCACUCAAAAAGCACAACUGAACAACUGUGUCUUAGCUGCUGCUUAAGUCCUGAUAAUGACGAUGCAUGUUUCAGCUGAAGGGAAAGGAAAUUCUAGAUAGCUGGGGCAACAAAGGUAGACCUACGCCCAUAAAAUGACCUAGUUAAUCCUAGGAAUGGUCAGCAGCUUUUCUCUAGAGGAGCAGAGUAACGUAGAAUUGACAAAUUUGGACAGAGUUGCAGUAACAUAGACUGCAAGUGUGCCCUCAAAAUUGCAAAAAGCUAGGGUUGCAAUUUUGUACGGUAUACAAAACUAUUAGAACAACCAAUAAAGUUCCCAGGAUGACCGUCAUAUGCCUUGCUUCUAUGAUGCCAGCUGGUCAUCACAGGAUGAUUCCAUCUAUUCAGUCACAGUCUGGUAUCUCUCAAAUGCUUUUUACAGCCCAUUGCCAUUUUGUCUGGUCAGCCCGUGGCUCCAUCUCGGACAUACUCUGAUGGCUCUCACGCCAAGGGUCAGGUGUCGUUGCAUCAAUCCAGCUAUCUGACUUAAUGAUGGUGCGAUGCAUUCUAUGCAUAAUUUGGUCUCCCUGACACCUGAGUGAACAUUGUGCGGAAAGCAUGGGAUAUGCUGAAACUUUUAAGGAAAACUAUGUGCACAAUACCUUUUUACGUCCUGUUAGUUGAAAACAGUAGUAGUGCAAUGUUGAAUGAAAGAAUUAUUUUCAGCAGAUACAUUGUGAGACUUAUUCAUCUGCAGUAACGUCCAAUUUAUGUAGAAGAAGUUUUGUGAGCAUACAUUUGCAGAUUCCCCUUGAGAUAUUUUACAAUAAGUUUGUGGUACUCAUGGAUGUGUACAGAUUUUUACUAAUUGCAAGAGAAACUGUAAAUGCCAGCAUAAAUUGGAUGUAGUCAGUAUAUGUUCUUUUAACAGCUUGUGUCAAUGUUCUGUGUAAAGUGAUGUUCUCAUGUUGGCAGAAAAAAAAAAAACAGUUUUGUGAAAAGAAUUAAUAAAGAUUUAUUGCAUUUUCUAUUUAGAGAAUAUUUAGGAUGUGGGCGAUAUUUGAUUUGUGAAGCUGUAAUUCAAGAAAAAUUAAGUAACUUCAAAGAAAUUGUCGUUAUGCAAAGGCGGUCUGAUACAAACAAUCACUUAUUCUGCAUUUAAGAAAAACUAAGAAGAUAUAUACAUGAGUGCAAAGAGCAAGAUGUAAGGUGGUGUUGCAGUACACUGAAAAUUAGCCCUCGAUGAGUUGCUAAAUUCUUUAAAACAGGUUACAGUUGGGUUACUUAUGUAUUAAGUGCCAGAAAAUAUAAAAUUCAUUGAUCCUAUGCAUUGUAGUAUGAUUUAAAACUUGGCUAGGACUGCCUGCUUGGGUGUUGCAUUUCCCGCUGAAUCAAUAACUAUAAUUUUUAUAUAGACACACAGUGGUCUAUAUUGGCACUCUUUGUGGGAGGGGUGGGAAAUUGGUGUUUAACCAAGUCAGCCAACUAAGGCUAUAUCACAGCAAGACAGCCAGCCUUGUAAACAGAUGCCACAACUUUGUGAGAAGCAGAGCUAAAGUUGAAAAUAUAGAAUGAUCCACAUACUUGA